AUGAAACACAUCCGCUUGCGUGCCCUAAACCACGGGCCGGUCAAGGGCGACUUUGUCCAGGCGCUGGCGAGCAUCAAGGCGAAGGUGCUGGUGAUGCCCAGCCGGACCGACUUGUACUUCCCGCCCGAGGAUAGUGUGGAAGAGGUCAAGCAUUUGAGGCACGGGGAGCUGAGGGUGAUCGAGACCAUCUGGGGCCAUGUGGCUGGCGGUGGCGGCGGGAGCAAGCAAGACACCGAGUUCAUCAAGAGCUGUAUUCGCGAACUGCUCGCAUCCAAGGUGGAAGACCCUGGCACUAUGCGGCCAUAA